AUGUCUACAGCAGCAGUUUCGCCUACACUUAUUGGGCCGCACUCCUUGGGUGCUCCCGGUGCGGGAGCUGGCGACUAUGGCGAUGCGCAGACCCUCUCACACGCAGGUUGCCCAAGAUGUGGUUUUGAAGGCGCAUUUCGACAGCUGCAGGAGAGGAACAUAGCUCAGCAGAGGCGGAUAGAAGAGUUGGAGGCGCAGGCGAGGCUCUUGACUGAAAAGGCUGCCGUCUCUGCUGAGAAACUAGCCGACUACCAGGAUGGACUACAGACUGGUCGCCGCAAAUCGCAAACCCCGUCAAAGCCUACAUCGUCACUACCAGCCCAGAAUCUAGACCGGCAGUCGCUGCAACAGCAAUCCUCCUCUCCUCCACAGCAACAGACUAGACUGGCAACGCUCGCCUCAUACUUUCCCUACGGCCGACGGACAAGCAGUAACGCCAGCGCUGCCCAGUCCCGCCAAUCUGUAUCUUCAAACUCAGUACCGCAGUCAUCAUCGUCCUCUUCCCCCCCGUCAUCAGGCAAGGAUGCCGUACAUUCCAACAUGAACUCUUUCAACAACAAUCCCUUACCGCAGCCAACAAGUUUUCUCCAAGGCGCCCUGGAUCGCGAACAGGCGCUUCGCAGGGAGGCAGAGUCGCGCCUCACGCAAGCAAAUACUGAACUUGAAGAGCUGAGUGCCGAGCUGUUCAUGCGGGCGAACGAGAUGGUCGCGAACGAACGAAGGGAGAGAGCUAAGCUCGAGGAGCGUGUCCAGGUGCUGGAGAAGCGGGACAAGGAGAAGAGGGCAAGGCUCGAACGUCUGGAGAAAGCCGUCGAGCGAGUCGAGAGGAUGGUCGCCGCAAAGAAGCAUGUCCCGAUUGUGAAGAAGCACAAGAACCGCUUCAACCGACACCAGUCGGAUACGUACAUGCGUGUUGGUGCUUCAUGGCGCAAACCAAAGGGUAUUGACAACCGUGUCCGCCGACGAUUCUCCGGCCAGGCUGCUAUGCCAAAAAUUGGAUACGGUAGCAACAAGAAGACCCGCCACAUGAUCCCAUCCGGACACAAGGUGUUCCUUGUCCAGAACCCCAAGGACGUGGAACUAUUGCUCAUGCACAACCGCACAUACGCCGCUGAGUACGUUUCUCCCACGAACCCGGAACCAGUUGAGGACUCUACCUCGUUCGAAGAAGAGGCCAUGCCUAUCAUCGAUCAUAUCUAA